AUGGCUACAUCCCUUGAUGGAAAGAUCAUUGGUAAAUUCAUGGAAACAGAAAAUGCAAUGGGAGUUUUAACAGAUUAUGUUUGGACAAAUAACUUUUUCAAACCAGAUGCUUUUAUGUGCGGAACUAAAACUGUAACUGAAAUGAAUACUGAACAGCCAGUCCUCAAUCCAGAUGAGAAAGAUGUUCCAGAGGGUGAUUUUAUUGCAAAAGGUGCAAAGGCUCCAUUCCUCGUUGUUCCUGACUCAGCAGGCAAAGUCGGAUGGAAGAACAAUUAUUUCGAAACACCAUACAUCCAGAAAUCCGAUGUUAUUGAAAUCCUUUCAGAAAAGGCAUCCCCUCAAUACAGAAAUUACUUAAGAAGACUCAAUAUCUCUUACAUCAUCGCGGGCAAGGAUCAUGUUGAUGUUGUACCAGCUGCUAAAGCUUUGAAGCAGAAAUUCGGCAUCAACACUCUUGGUGUUCUUGGUGGAGCUACAAUUAACUGGUCAUUUGUUCAAGCUGGUAUUGUUGAUGAAUUAUCAAUCUGCUUAGUAGCUGCUGGUGAUGGUGCAAACAAGUCAUUAACAUUGUUUGAGAAGGCUCCACAAAUUGUUGAGAAUUCGCCAGUUGAAUUUGAGCUCAAGUCAAUUGAUAGACUCAGCAGAAACGGAUUAUGGCUCAAAUACACACCAAAGGCUGCCAGAAAUGAAGAGAGACCAUAUUCUGGUCAAUUUGACUUAGGCAAAAAGAACGUUGAUUACGCCAAGUUCUUCACAGGUACAAGUUAUCUUAAUCAACUUUCAAACCAAGGUGCUACAGUUCUAAAUGUUACAUUUGAACCAGGAAGCAGAAACGAUUGGCACAUUCACCACGGAGGAAAUCAGAUCUUACUUGUCACCGAUGGCUUUGGUUGGUACCAGGAAGAAGGAAAGGAACCAAGGUUCUUAAGAUCUGGUGAUGUUGUUGAAAUUCCACCAGAAGUCAAGCAAUUGGAAUGGCGCAUCUAA